CCGCGAAUCAGCUGAUGGGGGAACACAAACGUCUGUAGGUAAUGUGAGGCGACAUGGAAAUUGUAUUUUGCAAUGUUAUGUGAAGAAAAUAUGCAAGUAACACCAUUUCAAGAACUGCCACAACGAUGUAGCGAUUGGCUUUGUUUCAAGAGAACCAUAUUAACUGCUGGCUUACUAUUGUGGUUUUGUGGAGGAUUAACUAGCUAGCUAGCUUGCUACUUAUCGAUAGCUUAAUUAGCCUUUGGCUAGCUGCCUGGAACUAAACUGGGUGCAUGUGACGUCACUCAUAGGCCCUAGGAAAGGAGCCACCAGUAGGCAGACGAUACCGAGCCCCUGAAGUCCCCCCUCCCCCCCCCCCGCUGUCAGUCCUGCGUGGGCUCCCAGUCAGCUCCGCGCCGGCCCUGGUGCCAUGGACCCCCUGGGAGCGCGUUCGCAGAUCGUGGACGUCCAGACUCUGCACAGCUGGGACCACGCCCUCAAGGGGAGCGACGAGGGCCCCGGCGGCAAAGCCAGCGAUCAGACCGACGGUCUGAACGGCCUACUGGGGCCGUCACCCUCGCCCUUCCCCUUCAGAGACGACCUCAACCGGAAAAUUGCGCUUUUCACUGGGGACGUGGCACUGUUGAACUGCACGGCCAUCGUCAACACCAGUAACGAGAUGCUGACGGACAAGAACCCCAUCUCCGAGAGCAUCCACAGGCAUGCGGGGCCUGAUCUCAGAGACGAGCUGCUCAAGCUGAAAGGAUGUCGCACGGGCGAGGCGAAGAUGACCAAAGGCUUUAACCUGGCGGCACGCUUCAUCAUCCACACCGUGGGGCCCAAGUACAAGGCCAAGUACCGGACCGCCGCCGAGAGCUCGCUGUACAGCUGCUACCGGAACGUUCUGCAGAUCGCCAAGGAGCAGGCCAUGGCAUCAGUGGCUUUCUGUGUGGUCAGUACAACCAAGAGAGGCUACCCCCUCGAGGAUGCUACUCACAUAGCACUCAGAACUGUGCGCAGGUUUCUAGAGACCCAUGGACAGAGUAUAGAAAUGGUGGUGUUUGCUGUAACAGAGAUGGAGGAGCCUGUGUACAGGAAGCUCCUGCCAAUCUAUUAUCCCCGCUCGGAGGAAGAGGAGCGCUCCAGUCUGCCCCUCAUCCCGCCGGAUAUCGGGAAUGCCGAGGGCGAGCCCGUAGUCCCUGAGCGACAGAUCCGUAUCGCGGAAAAACCAAGCACCCUGGAAGAUGACUCUGAGGAGGACACUCUGGACUCAGACCUGGGUCAGGUGGGCACACACGCGUUCGCUCGGAUGGAGGGCGAUGUGGACAAACAGCGCAGGCUGGUUCUGCAGGGCCAGCUCUCCGAGGCCUCGCUACAGAAGCAGCACCAGAGGAACUAUAGCCGCUGGCUGUGUCGCGCACGAGCGGAGGACUUGUCAGACAUCGCUGCGCUGAAAGCCUUAUAUCAGACCGGAGUGGACACCUGUGGACGUACAGUUAUGGUGCUGGUUGGGCGGAAUAUUCCAGUGACCCUGAUAGACAUGGAGAAGGCUCUGCUCUACUUCAUUCACGUCAUGGAUCACAUCGCGGUCAAGGAGUAUGUGAUGGUGUACUUCCACACGCUAACCGGGGAACACAACCACCUGGACUCGGACUUCCUCAAGAAGCUGUACGACAUCGUGGACCCCAAAUUUAAGAAGAAUCUACGAGCGUUCUACUUUGUACACCCUACAUUCCGUUCCAAGGUGUCCACUUGGUUCUUCAGCACCUUCAGCGUGUCUGGUCUGAAGGAGAAGGUCCAUCAUGUGGAGACCCUGCACCAGCUCUACGCCUGUAUCCUCCCCGAGCAGAUCGACAUCCCGCCUUUCGUCCUGGACUACGACGCACGGAUGAAUGGUCCGUACCACUCGGCCCACUCCCCUGGUCUAUGAAGAAGCCUGGAAUACGUCCCCAGGACUGGGUCUCUCAGUGUUUACCGUUAGGUAUUCAGCUGCCCGACACUGAAUGCACACAACACGCGUAUGCUUUAUACUGUAGCCGAGCUACGACAGGACGUACCAGUGGCCACUGCAGGUGCACUCGGGCCCUGAACCUUCCUCUGACACCAGCAAGCCUGCAAGGACUUUCUGCUGUCUCCAGGGUCCAUACUGAGAAAUCUGUCUAUUUUACUGCCUGAGUACAAUCAGUGUGUCUGUGUGUGUGUGUGUGUGUGUGUGUGUGUGUGUGUGUGUGUGGAGCCAUAGGACCUUCCCUGGAAUCUCUGAACGUACCGGACAUUUCGAAGGUACGCCGCAGAUGUGUCUUAAAUGCCCCAGGCCGUGUCCGUCUCCGUGAAGGUGCCAAUGUUGGUGUGGGUACCUGUGACUGUGGCCGCUCUGGCAUCUGUCCGUCAGUCAGUCCCUCUGUGGCCAAAGACAUUUCUCCAUGUUUCAAUGAGCCGUCGGUCAUCGGAAAUGCGACGCUCGCCUCUGGAGCGUUACUCCUGCUGCUGGAAUGUGCAGAAUCCCCUCCCGAGAUUCCCAACACAAGUGCUCCAGAUCUCAGCCCACCUCUACACUAUUCCUUAGUUGGGCAUUUCUAAAUGGGUGUUGCUACAUGUCUGUCUUUGUCUUUGAAACAUACACCGUGCUUGUACGAGUAAAUAAUUUAAAUGUUCUGUGUGUGCGUUUUUGAGUUGAUAUUGUGUUGCCUUUAUGAACCAUAAUCAUACCAUUAAAGUUUGAAGACUUGUACAGAA